GGCAUUGUGGGAAGCAGCCAUGGUCUGAGGCCGGCGCUCACCUGUCCGCCGCGCCGGCGCCCGCGCUCCGCUUUCGCCCUUGCGUCCCCGCGCUCUCCGCUCGCCGGGUCGGCGCGGCCGGGCCACCAUGAUACAUUUCAUGUUACUCUUCAGUCGACAAGGAAAAUUACGGCUGCAGAAAUGGUACACCACCCUCCCGGACAAAGAAAGGAAAAAGAUCACCCGGGAAAUUGUUCAGAUUAUUCUCUCUCGUGGUCAGAGGACAAGCAGUUUUAUUGACUGGAAGGAGCUAAAACUUGUUUAUAAAAGGUAUGCUAGUUUAUAUUUUUGCUGUGCAGUAGAAAAUCAGGACAAUGAGCUCUUGACACUAGAGAUUGUGCACCGAUAUGUGGAGUUACUGGACAGAUACUUUGGAAAUGUCUGUGAGCUGGAUAUUAUCUUUAAUUUUGAAAAGGCAUAUUUUAUCCUGGACGAGUUUAUAAUAGGUGGAGAAAUUCAGGAAACAUCUAAGCAGUCUGCUGUGACGGCCAUCGAAGACUCCGAUAUGUUACAGGAGACAAUGGAAGAAUACAUGAGCAAGCCUGCAUUUUAACUUUGCAUCUGCUUGAAGACUCAGAGUGCUACAUGUUGUAAACCUGUAAAUAAACAAUGUCUUGCAUUGAACUAAUUUGACAGUGCCUCUGGCACCAUGCCAAAAAUAACUUAAAGGGAUUGUUUGUUAACUAGCAAAACUUAAGUUGUUUAACAUAUUUAUAAUUAUUAUAUGUCUGUAUUAUAGUGUAUAUGAACACUUAUUGCAGCUCGGGUUAUUGAAAUAACUGCUGCAAAGCUCAAUAGACUGGAUACUUGUUUGCAGUGAUUUUAACUCAAUGUGAUAUUUUUAAGCUAAUUUUGAUAAAUUAGUUGCAAUAUAUUUUUGUGGGCUUUGAUCCUCUCCUGAAAGGUUGAAACCUAUGCUGUAAUGAUCCAUGAUUUUGGAUGUAAAGUAUAUUUUGUAUCAAUAAUACCUUUUAUGUUUCACUUUUUUUAUUUUAUGGAUAAUUCAAAAUUAUCUUAAUAGUUCACCAUUCUUACAUAAUGCUAGAUAUUUUUAAUACACUGAAUAAUACUGUGAUUUCAGUCCAGAUACAAAAUAUCUGGUUUUGAUGUCAUGAAUUCUUUUUUUUUUUUUCAGGAUUGGACUUAUGGAAAAUAACCAAAGAUAGUAUAGGAUUUAGUAAGUGUUUUUGAUGCCUUAGAAGCUGCUAUCUAGGCUGAGAUUUUUAAUUUACCUUUUAAUUUAAUAAAGGGAUAUUCCAGUCAGGUGGUGUUUUCCACGCAUAAAGUUUCGAGAGAUCUGGAGAUAGUGUCUAUGACUCUUCUUGUUAUAAAAAUAGUAGAAUAAGAAGUAAUAACAGUAGUGAUUAUUAUUAUUACUAGUACUACUUAAAAAAACUCAUGUUCCAUGUCCUCUUAGUUUUUUGACAGGUUUUGCUUCAGAUGUUUUAAUGUAUGUCUAACAUAUUUGAAGCCUUAUUAAUAGUUUAUAAGGCUUACUUAGAGCAUUUAAUAUUAGUGCAGCCUGUAUGGUAGAUACCUUUCCUGUCUUUUUCUUUCCCCAACCUCCAAAGAAGAUAUUUGCUGCUGACCAUUAUUACUGUGAAUAUGUUGCAUCCGUGCCUCCUGGAAUGAGAGUUCUCCAUACCAGCUAGUAAACGGGAUCAGACCUAUAUGGGAAAAUAGCUCAUAGUAGUCCAUCUUGGCAUCCUAUUUUUUGUGUCUUGUGCGUUUUCAACAUUAGUCUUGAGGUUUUGGUGUCAUUCAUAUUGGAGUAGUCAGGAACCCUCUAGCUUUUUUCCUAAGGGAAGUGUGCUUGCUGUUGGAUUCUAUAGGAGACCCCAUAUGGGAGAUCUUUAGAGAACAUAAUGGGAAAAUGCCCUCUUUGGUUCAUACUGGCAGACAUAACCCAUAAAAAACAAAAACAAAAAACCUGUUGCCAUUGAGUUGAUUCCAACUCAUAGCGACCCUAUACGACAGAGUAGAACUGCCGUAUAGUGUUUCCAAGGAGCGUCUAGUCGAUUUGAACUGCCAACCCCAAACUUUUGAUUAGCAGCUGAGCUCUUAACCGCAUAUGCAAGGAAAAUUGGGAGAACUAGAGCAGAGGGGAAAUUGAUCAAUUCCUCAAUAUGACCAUUAUUACAAGGAAAUAAUUCAUUAGUAUUUAAAGUAAUUGUUAGGCUGUUGGCAUCUAAUAUUUUCUGAAAUUGAUAUAAUUAUGACAUCAGGUUGAAGUUUUACUAUCAUUUUUGGUUACUUUGUUUACUUUAGGUCCUCAGUUUUGUAGUUCAACUUUUUUUUUUUUUAAUAUGCUGGAACUCUAUUUUAAAAAAACGACUUUGAAAGGAUAGACUUUAUGUAAAUCCAUCAGAGCUUUUCUGGUUCUUUUGGAGUUUGCCACCAUUGUUGGGUGAAGGUAUUUACUGAACCUCAUUCAAAUGUACUACACAUAUUCUGGAUAAAUAAUUCCAUGUUAGACACCGUCUAGAUAUACACAGGCUUCUCAGACUUCAUGUCAUGCCACACAUAGAAAAUGAGCAUCAUCUGUAUCACACACUGGGGUAAAUUAAGGGGCUUUGGUGGCAUUUUAUAUGGACGGUGAAAAUAACAAUAUUUUCUUUAUGUUAUAUAAUUACAAUAAACUACCAAGUAAUAGGAAAAAUAUUCAAUUUAUAUAAAACUUCC